AUGGCUUAUACACAGAGCACCAGCAGAGAAGAUAGGGGUCACGAGCAGGACUCAAUAGAACUAGUGACGGUGAUGGAACCUUCCCCGGAUACUGCUGUAUGUAAGACCGAAGAUAGCACCGAUGAUGCGGACCCAGAGCCAUCGACUGCUCGCCUAGUAUUGGUUCUGUCAGGUCUCUGGGUAAGCAGUUUCUACUCAACCAUGCUUGCCACAAUUAUUGAGGAUAUAUGUCUCUCCAUCUCGCAGCCAUUCAGCGGACAACUGACCAACCUGUUGGGCCGACGAUAUGGCCUUGUACUUUGUCUCUCAGUCUUAGCCGUAGGACAGCUUCUGUGCGGACUGGCGCCCCGUUUGUCAGUCUUCUUGCUUGGACGGAUCGUUCAGGGUCUUGGUGCAGGCUGCAUCGGCACCAUCACUGCUUUUGUCGAAACCGAUCUAGUUUCCAUGAGAAAACGGGCGCUGAUUGAAGGGAUUGGCAACAUUACCUAUGGUGUUACAUUGGCCCUGGGCGGCGUCUACGGGGUGCCCUUCAUCAUUCUCGACAUCGCGAUGGUGGCAUUCUAUCUCAACAUCUCUCAGGGUAAAAGCCGUCCUAUCAGACGCCCAGUUGACUACGUCGGCAUGGUCGCUCUUCUUGUCGUCAUUAUCCUCUUUCAGUUCGGCAUGAAUGCUGGUGGUUUGGUUUUUGCCUGGAACAGCGCAGCGGUGCUAACCACCUUAAUCCUUGCCGCGGUAGGAUUCCUAGCAUUCCUCUUUUGGGAAUUCUAUAAAGUCAAGAACCCUCAUAUUCCAGUUCGAGCCCUACUACAACGCACUGUGGCCGCGUCGCAACUGAGCUCAUUCUUCUCCAACUUCGGCAACACUAGCAUAAUGUACUACGUGCCCGUGUACCUGGAGGUUCUUGGCCACUCCCCAGGCCAGAGCGGCCUACGAUUCAUUCCCUUGGCUCUCUGCUUUGCUUUUGGAUCUUUCGCCGCUGGGCUCUUCGUCAAGGUCACAGCCAAGUACUACUACAUCAACUUCCCCGUCCAAGCCUGCUCCGUCCUGGGCGCUGUCAUGUUUUGUACCAUGACCCAGACAACACCUUCUUGGGCGCCUUUCGUUUAUCUCGGCAUUUACGGUGCCGGGUCCGGCGGGGCGUACGUGACCAGACUCAUGGGUCUCCUCACCUCGGCCGAUAAGCAACAUCUCGCCGUGGUGCAAUCCUGUUCCUUCACUGUCCGCAACACUGGCACCACCAUAGGUCAGACCAUCUCCGCUGCUAUCUUUCAGAACUUGUCAGUCAAUUCCCUACGAUCUCUUUUUCGAGGCCAGCCUGGUUUGGCUGAUCGAAUCUCGCACAACUACAAUCGGCUCGACCUGCUGAGUGGUUCGGAGAAGCAGACCGCAAUCUUCAUCUAUCUCCGUGCCGCACGUGGAGUGUUUUUCCUUGCCAUGUCGGUUCUGGUUGCCGCUGCGGUGUCGGCCUUUGUUAUGCAAAAUAAUGAGCUGGUUGAUAGUCCGAGGGAGAGGCGGAGUGCUGAGGAGAAGGGAGAAUUGAAGGAAUUGAAGAAGGCGAAAGAUGAAGAAGAAGCGCCGAACUGAUUUGUGGCCAGCAGGUGGCUUGGAUAUACAAUACAGCCACCGAAUUAAAGUGGCUCCUGCUUGAUCCAUCGCUAGUUGUUUUCAUGUUCCCCCGAUCACAGAGUUCUUCGAUCGGGUCCAUUUGGUUUUUGGGGUGGUGGCUAUCAUCCCUGGCUUUCUCAUUACGAAGAGUGCUUACUGUAUAGGCACCUCAGUGU